UUAGCGUUAUGUAGCCGCGGCGGUGGGUUCAAGCUAACAAAAACAACUCACUUUUGAAAACCCAUUGUCCGUUUUGACGCUCACCAGUCAAUUAAACCGUAUUUGCUAACGACCCUCGCCACCGUGCUCCGCAUGUGACGGAGCGGACCGGGGGAGGAGUCGCGGUCUGUCUCGUGUUCCGUACCGUGGAUAGCGAGCCGCAGGCAGCGACGUAGCAGGGCGGCUGCAGCGACCGACACCUAGGAAGAAGAAAAAAGUAGCUGAAACAUCCGUGUCCUCGACCUAAAUGCAGACUUUCGAGCGUCAGCUUGUAGAACUGCCUCGUUGGAGCCACACCGUGAAGAAAAUUUUGUGAGCGCUUGUGGAUCCAAGGACAUUGCGAGUAACGCAGGAAAAAUGGAGAUGAGCACCAAGAGGAAGGCAGAUAGUCACCUGAGAGGACCGAACCAACCACGCAUUACCAAGUGUGGAGGCUCCCAGGCUGAUUCAGAGCGAGACUCUGGAUUCUCAGAUGCCAGCUCGGAGCACAUGAGCAUAAUGGAGACGACGGACUCGGAGGAUUCACCCCGGUCCGCUGUACAGCGGGGGUCAGGCCCACGCCCCUCUCGGGUGGCUGUGGUGGGAGGCUCCUACUCCGGUCUCUCUCCUAUGAUCAUAAUGAACAACGUUUUGCUCAAGCAGCCUGCAGAUAACCCUCCUGCUCUGAAACCCUGGGGGUUCAGUCCCACAGUGGAGGUGGUGCAGCCCGUGGUCCCGCAGCCUCAAGUGGUCUUUCUCCAGCCUGUGGUUUCCUGCCAAGCUUCCUCUGCCUCCAAAGAGGCCGGCUCUAAGCACAGACGUUCCAAAAAGUAUCUUCCAAUCCUGAAAUCCUACCCUAAGAUCGCCCCACAUCCUGGGGACGGCUCCAGUUCUUCAGGAAGAGGAACUGCUUCCUCCUCCUCGUCUUCUUCAGAGUCGGAGAGAUGUAGCGCUUUGACCUCCAACCUUUGGGAACACUGUAACAGAGAGAAGACUCAGAGACUCAGUGGUAGCAGUAAUAACUCUGAAUCUGCCUCUCCUGCGCUUCCUGGUGCUCGCGGUGUCGUGUCUCCUCUUCCCCAGAGCAGACUUUCUCUCCCGGCAGCAGAAAGCAGCAGCAGCAGUCCUGUCAGGGAGAGGCCUUCGUCCAAUACCAACCUGGCAGAGUUUACAACUUCCUUGUUUUUCACCGGCUCCAAAACCCUGGCACUCCCUGUUCCCCAGGCAGGCACGCCGGAGCUCCUCUCGCCGCAGGAAUGUAACGACGACGGCGACUCUGACUCGAAGAGGAAGCGCUUCUGCAACACGUACAACAUCCUGAGCAAAUCUGGUCUGCUGGACAUCACGCUCCGCACCAAGGAGCUCCUCAGGCAGAACCAAAGCACCCAGAACGACCUGGACCGACUCAGAAAACACACAGACCUUUUCCUUCAGGUCCUGCAGACCGGUGACACCAGCCUCUGUGUAAAACUGCAGGCCAGCCUUCAGGAGGAGGACAAGGAGGGGGAGAGAGCUCCUCCGAGCAGCAUCAAAGCUGAUCAGACAAGUGGGAGGCCGUAAUCCUUUAGACUUAAUCGAGAGGAAGACCACAAUCGGGGGUCGGUGCGUGUAAGGACACAUGGACCAAAAGUAAAGCGCUCCCAUAACAGACCCCUCCCCCAGACUCUGACUGACAGGUCUCUGUGACCUACAUUUAUCUGCAGGUUGCCUUAGGGUCCUGACACACCACGCCAACCUAAAAAAGAUCAGAAUAUUUGUUAUUUCUAAUUCUGUCAGUGUAACAACUUGUAACUGUUUGUGGAUUCCAGUUCACCAGAACUGUUUUGGUCAGAGUGAUUUUGUAAAACACAACAGACGAUCAAAGGAGAAGUAAAUGCUCAGAUUGUAGACUGGAACGUCAGAGAUUUACAUUUGAAACCUUUAGGCGGACAUCGUUUGUGUUACAUGUUUUUUGGUCAACCCUAAACUCAUUUAAAGCGCAGUCCAUUUCCUGUGAGCUGGGCUC